CUUUGAAGUGCACAUUGGAUAGUUUUAGACGUUUUGCUGCACCAUUUACCUCUUGGAUUUUGCUUUUGUAAUUAUUUAAGUACUUAAACUACAUCUCAGACAAUGCUUUCCUCGCACCUGCUCCUGUUGCUGUUAAACUGUGUCCUGGGUUUUGCAUCGAUCAGGAUCAUGAAAAGGGGCUCCGGGAGCGCACAGGACAGUAGCUUCUUCCAGUCGUCGUCGGACCCCUUCUCUGAUGACCUGGAUCAGGACAUGGUCUCCCAGCAUAUGUCCAAACUGUACGAGAAAUCCAACCAGGAAAACCGCCUUAGCGAGGGAAACACAGUCCGGAGUUUCAGAGCCAGCCAAGACUCCUCAGACCAAAGGCUGGUGUAUCGACUAAACCUUACAACCCUACAGGACUCAGAGGUCAUCCUCUCUGCCACAUUCCACUUCCUGCUAGAUCGGCGCCCUCAUCAAAAACCCUGGUUCUGUAAACGCUUCAAGAGCCCAUCCUGUCGUUCCUCAACCAUCCACCCUUCUACGUCCAUCAGCCUGCUCCUUCGCUCUGUCUUCUCGGGGUCAGGGGUCAGCUUUGGGUCAAUGGGGUCAUUCCUGGGCAAUGUGACCUUCCACCCCCACAGGAGAGGGGUGUGGCAGAUGAAAGAUGUGACCCAGGUCAUAAAGGAGGCACGGGACAAGGGUCAUCUCCUAGUGUCAGUGGAGUUGGACUUAGGGCAGCAGUACCAGAGGAAACCAGACGAGGGACCGUCUGCUGGCAGCCUGCCAUACCUGUUACUCUAUGCUAAUGACCGUGCCUUGGCAGAGCCCAACAGCGUGGCUACAAGCCUUCAGAGGUACAACCCAUUCCCAGAGGGAGGAGAGCCCUCACAUUCCUCACAGUCCUCUCGCCUCCUGCACAGGUCUAAUUCCUCACCAGAGUUGAAAGGACGUGUGAGAAGGGAAACAAAUAUCCCUUCUGACCCCAUUCAGAACAAUGAGCUGCCCGAGGUCGACUACAGGCCUGAUGGGUACAGGAAGGAUGACCUCUGGGAGAGCACCUGGUACCUGGCGCUCAAACCAAAGCUUAAAUCAGGACGGAAGGAAAAGAAGAGAAAGAGCCAGGAGGAAGAAGGAGUAGAGCAGGGUGGAAGAGCAAACGAUAGAGAAGAACCUCAGGUUCUCAAAGAAGCAGAAAGAACAUCAGAGGGGCUCAAAUCUGACGACUCAACUGUGAAAAUACUGAAAGACAGUCGCACACUGGUGAUGGACGGACGAAGGCAUGAGCGUAGACAUGAGGAGAAGAAUGGAAAAAAGCACAAGGCUAGUUCUACCCCUCAGUCGCCUGUUCUGAACUUUGAUGAACAAACAAUGCGUAAGGCUCGCAGGAGGCAGUGGGGAGACACCCAGCACAAAGGAUGCUCCAGGAGGAACCUCAGAGUGGAUUUUGCAGACAUUGGCUGGAGCGAGUGGGUCAUAGCACCCAAGGCCUUUGAUGCCUACUACUGCGCUGGCACAUGUGGAUUUCCCUUGCCUAAGGUGGUGAGGCCCUCUAACCAUGCCACCAUUCAGAGCAUAGUCCGAGCUGUUGGGAUCAUCCCUGGGGUUCCUGAGCCCUGUUGUGUCCCAGAGAGGAUGAGUCCUCUAGCAGUGCUCUACCAGGAUGAAUCCAGGAACCCAGUGCUCAAGAUUUACCCCAAUAUGUCCGUCCAGUCCUGCUCCUGCAGAUAA